AUGUCUGAAGAAAACCGCUGUGAGAUAACUAUCGUAUGGGGCUUUUUAUUUUAAAUUAAAACAUGGAAUUUAACUUUUUUUUCAUGAAAAACACGUACAUCCGUAUUUUACAGAAUUCUUUGAUGUUUUUUCUAUUCGUAAUAUCGCGUUUGUCACAACAUAUGCGCUUCUUACCAUUUUCUAAAUGUAUACAUAAUAAACCCGUUUUUUGCAGCCUUCAAAAUUGAAAUAAUCAGCCCCGCGUCCAUCCAACUCGGCCACCAACAGCUCGCCCAGUUCUGGCCCCAUCUCGACGCGACUUCAACGACGAGUGCCUUAUUGCAACCGCAGGCGGGCCCGGUGCGGGCGGCCGGUCCUCAAACCCCGCUGAACUUCUCUAUCAUGUCCCCCAUCGCCAAAGAUUAUCCGCUGACGUUGAAGAUGAGCGACGAGGACGCUAAUUUAAUCCGUCCGGACAUUGUGCUCGACUCCAGCUCGAGUUCGGCGCCUUUUUCGGGUCGGAAACGACCGAGUAGUGGGUCGGACGAGUACCAGAGCUCCUCCGCGACACCCGUCUUCCAUGGCGAUGACCGUGAAGAGCGGAAUUUUGAUCAAAAUACUCAUCAGACGCGGUUUUUCGAUCAAAAUAUCUUGGAAAAUAGAGAAAAUUGGAUGGACGAUUGUCCGAGAACCCCCUGCAGCGCCGGCUAUCCCACCGACUACGGGAAUGUGCAGGUAAAACAGGAGCGAAACAGUCCCGAAAGCUACCAGAACCCGCGCAGCGACACCCCCAAUGACCCCAAUUACUCGCCCCGUAAUCCGCCGGCAGAUGGCGCCGACUUCGGCCAAACCUUCGAGCCGCUCAAACCCGAGCCCCACACCUCAUCGCCGCGGGGCUUUUCCGGCUAUAUGACCAGCUAUUACGGCGAGCAGCCCUCGAGUUCGGCGAGCUUUGAGGCGACCUCUUCGAAUUUCGAACAAUUCGAGGACUACGGGUACGCCAGCACCUUGAAGUUUGAGGACUUUUCGACGCCGCCCCUCAAAAGCGAUGAGAAUCAGGUCGACUUUUACAUGAACUUGAGCGCUGUGAAGGAGGAGAGCGGGGAGAUUGAGGAGGAGGAGGAUGAUGAGGAUGCACCGUCCUCCUCGUACAUGUAUGGGGAGGGGAAAGUCUGCACUGUUUGUGGCUACAAAUGCCCUCAUAAAAACUAUGGGGUGUAUUGCUGUAAUGCUUGGUAAGUGUGGGCAUAAGUUUUUAAAAAUUUUUUAAAAAUAUGUGCAGAUUUAUGGCAUUUAUGCAAAUUUUUGAAAAUUAUGCAAAUUUCGCAACAUUUUGAAAAAUAUGCGAAUUUGAAUAGUAUGUCGGUUUUUAAGCUUUUUUGAGCUAUUUUAAGCAAGAAUAAAAAGAAUUGGCACAAAAGAAAAAUUUUUAAAAUUAUGCAGAAUUAAUGAAGUUUGGUGGAAAUUUUACCUAGGCCGUACUGAGACUAGUCACUUGAUUUUAGAUUUUCUUUUAGCCGGCAUCAUCAAACAAAGGGCUUUUUAAUUUUGAAAAAUCUCGUUUUUUUUUUGAUUUUUUUCGGUCAAAGCCCGACAAAUUCCCAUUCGACUGUGCGUUUAAUAAAAUAUGUCUUUUUUCAGCGCCGCUUUCUUCCGCCGCACAAUCAAACAGAGCCGAUCCUACGUGUGCGUGAAGGGCCGAAAAUGCCGCGUGGAUUUCGGUGGCCACAAAAGGACCUGUCGCUAUUGCCGCUUCAAACGCUGCGUAAUGGCUGGAAUGAGUAUUGAUUGUAAGUUUUUCAGAGAAAGGAGCAAUUGUGUAAAGAAGUUUUUGGCGAUUUUUUAAAGUUUUGUUUUCUUUGCUAAAAAAUAAACUUUUCACCUUUAGGCCUAAAAUAUGCAAAUUUCUCCAUUAAUUCUCGAAUUUUCAGACGUGAUGACGCGCGCCGACGACUUUAUGAUCGACUCCGCUCCGGACAACGACAUCAUCAAGCAGAUCUCGAGCUGGUUCACCUCCACCUUCGUGAACCGUUUCCGCUCGUUCGAGAAGUCGUUCAGCAACGGGCAGGGCAAGGUGGCGCGCGGCGAGGGCACCCUGAACAACACGUUGCACUCAAUGUUUGUCGAGUUCGACGUAAUGCGCACCUACCUGAACACCACCGGCCUGAGGCGUUACAUCAAGGAGAAGGACGAGGUGGUGCUGACGAAGCGCCUCUUCUACAAGUGGCUCUUCGUGCAGUGCGUGUUCAACACGCUGCGGCACGGCGGCCACCGGCAGAACCGCGUCUACAUGGUCGAUGACAGCUCGCUGCCGCUCGAGGCCAAGUUCCACGAGCAGUACGUGAUGUCGAUCCCGACGAUCAAGAACCCGAAGAUUGUGGCGGCAAGUCAUUAUAACUUGAUUCAGCAGGGAAUGGACGAUGUCUGGAUGUUCCAUCAUGCCAAUGUUGAUGGGAACGACUUUGCCAUCUUCAAUCAUCUGAUUUGCCUGAGGACUAGUGAGUUUUUGACUUGGAUUUUGGGAUUUAGAGCGGAGGUUUUGAAACGAAUUUUUUGAUGACUUAAAAUUUAUAUAAAAUCAUUUACAGUCCGAGAAAUGUACCCGCAAAACAAGGAGAUCCAAACGGAGAUGAACUCCCUCUUCAAGGCGUCCCAUCAGUACUACAAGUCGGUCUUUAAGGACUUCCCCACGAGAAUGGGCAAUCUUGUGCUGUUGAUGAAUGAAUCGGAGGUAAGAAAAUGGGGGAAAUAGCGGAAAUAUCAGUCUGUCGGAAAAAUAAUGAGCAAUGUGUGCUCCGAUAGCUAGUGAAAAUCAAUUUGAUUUUUCCGCGACACAAUUUAUUUUUUUAUGCGGCGAUGCCAUUUUCGAUACGACAGAAUGCUCAUUAUUUGGAUGAUUUUGGAUUACAAUUGACGAUUGGUACAAUUUUCUAAAUGCAGCGAAACUUAUGUGCAACAAACCGCAACGGUCCCAAAAAUAUUUUCCGCUAUAGACGGGUUUUGUUGUACAGAAGUUUUUCUCAGCCCAAAGUCGACAAUUGGGACCUCUGAAAUAAUUAGUUAUAAAGGGGCUUCGUUGUAUGCGGUUUUUUUUUGUGGAAAGAUUCAACUAUAUCAAUCUGUCGGGAAAAUAAUGUGGAUUUGUCGCGUUUUGAAAAUGCCCAUCCUCGCUUUGUGACGGUUAGCCACGUGGUUAUUUGGUGUGCGGCUGUGAGGACGAGAGGCAUUUUGCUGCGAAAAACCCAAAUUAUUUUCCCAACAAACUGAUAUCAGUCUGUCGGGAAAAUAGUGAGCGUAGUAUCUGAUCGUGUCGCUGAAUUAAAAAGCAAUUAGCGACACAAUUCAUUUUCUCGACGGCAAUGCGAUUUUCGAUGCGACAUUAUGCUCAUUAUUUUCCCGACAGACUGAUAUACAAGGUUGAGGAGGUACCCCAAGGACAAGUCUUCAAUCCUUUGCAAAUUUUGAUGACUCAUUAGUCCUUUGAACACUAAAAAAUGUUAUCCAUUUCAGGUGUUCACCCUCAAGUUCAAAGAGUGGGUUGUUCUGAUGACAUUGUCGGGAGUCCGCUCCGCCCUGCAGCAGAUCGAAGACCAUUGGGUGGCACAUGGUAAUUACAACGUCUGCGACGUGUCGCUCAGCUACAUGAAACGCCAAUGA